AUGUCGUGCACACAAAGCACAGAGCCCACGGAGAAUUGGGCUGUGGAGUGGCUCCUGGGGCUGAAGAUGAGGCUCAAGAAGCAGCGUGUGUCGACGGUGCUGCCUGAGCACCACAAGGUCUUCAACAGGCUGCUCGAGGAUCCCGUGGUCAAGCGGUUCCUGGCCUGGGACAAGCAGCUCAGAGUAUCUGACAAGUACCUGCUGGCCAUGGUCAUCGCCUACCUCAGCCGAGCCGGCCUCUACCCAUGGCAGUACAGGCGCAUUCAUUUCUUCGUAGCUCUCUACCUGGCCAACGACAUGGAGGAGGACGAAGAGGACGACGAGCCUCCCAAGCAGGCCAUCUUGUCCUUCCUCUUCGGCAAGGAUGACGCCCAGCGGCCCCUCUUCGACCACCUGCGCCUGCAGUUCAUGCGCUGCAUGGGCUGGAAGGCCUGGGUCACCCUGGAGGAGUGUGAGGAGAUCCAAGCCUAUGACCCAGAGCUCUGGGUGUGGGGGCGAGACCGGGCCCUCCUAGCCUAAGCUGCUGCACUGACACCAGUGGUCACCGGCCAGAGGGCAGGUGCGUGCAGGUCCUCGGGGUGGG